CAACAUACGAUAUGGACUUCUACUACAGCCCCGGCAGUAGCGGUUGCCGAACGGUUAUCAUGACCGCGAAGGCAGUGGGCGUGGAGCUAAACAAGACGUAUCUGAGCGUGCGUAAAGGGGAGACUCUAAAUCCAGAGUUCGUGAACCUCAAUCCCCAGCACACCAUUCCCACCAUUGUGGACGAUGGUUUUGUGCUCUGGGAGUCGCGUGCCAUCGCCAUUUAUCUGGUGGAGAAGUACGGCAAGGACGAUUCUCUCUACCCAAAGGAUCCUCAAAAACGGGCCGUGGUUAACCAGCGCCUGUUCUUCGACAUGGGCACACUGUACCCCGCAUUUUCCAAGUUCUACUAUUCUCUUUUUCGACCGACUAAGCCCGGAACUCUCGAAGACUACAAAAAGAUUGAAGAUGCCUUCCAGCUGCUGAACACCUUCCUCGAGGGCCAGGAGUACGUGGCCGGUGACCACCUCACCGUGGCGGAUUUUGCCUUUGUGGCCACAGUUUCCACCUACGAAGCCGUCGAAUUUGACAUUGGAAAAUACUCAAACGUAUCCAGGUGGUACGAAAACGCCAAAAAAGUAGUUCCAGGCUGGGAGGAAAACUGGGAAGGAGUACCUCAGUUUACGAUCCACCGUCGUGCAACACACAACAUGGACUUCUACUACACUCCCGGAAGCAGCGGAUGCCGCACCGUUCUCAUGACCGCCAAGGCUGUGGGCGUGGAGCUUAACAAGAUUAUCCUGAACCUGCAGGAGGGUGAACAGCUGAAGCCCGAGUUUGUGAAGCUCAAUCCCCAGCACACCAUUCCUACGCUGGUGGACAACGGAUUCUCCAUCUGGGAGUCCCGCGCCAUUGCCGUUUAUUUGGCGGAGAAGUACGGCAAGGACGACUCCCUUUUCCCCAAGGAUCCCAAGAAGCAGGCACUGGUGAACCAGCGAUUGUACUUCGAUAUGGGUACCCUGUACGCCGCAUUCUCCAAGUACUACUAUCCGCUGAUACGCACUGGUACUCCCGGAACUCAGGAAGAUUACCAAAAGAUCGAAGCCGCCUUCGAGUUCCUAAACACCUUCCUCGAGGGCCAGGACUACGUGGCCGGGGACCACGUCACCGUGGCGGAUAUCGCCAUUGUGGCCACUCUGUCCACCUUUGAAGCCGUCGAGUUCGACUUUAGUAAAUACUCCAAUGUUACUCGGUACUACGAAAACGCCAAGAAAGUAGUUCCCGGCUGGAAGGAGAAUUGGGAGGGUCUGCAGGCUUUCAAGAAACGUGUUCAGGAACGAUUGGCCGAACAUAAAAAGAACUAA